AUGUUUACGGGGACGAAUUAUAAAGUGAAUGAUAAAUGUGUGACAAAGGGCGCGCUGGCCAGUGUUUUAAUCUCGAUUUUCUUAUCCACACUGUGUCUCACAGUCAUCACAGCCUCUGACAGUACUUUACAACUCAAUAACAUAACUUUAGAUGACACCAGACUGGUCGAGAUUUUACCCUCACUACUCGGCGCUGUCGUCUUUUUCGGCAGCGUUUACCUCAUCAACCUCAUCAAAUCGCAAUUCAGAAAAAUCAUCAACGAUCUCAAUCUCAACAAAAGAUCUUCAUUGAGGAAUCCGUCGGUGGGCUCGGCGUUAGCGGCGCUUGAUCGUGAAUUACACAGGAAACAUAAGAACUCGCUCAAUACCGGCGCCAACACGUAUAAUCGUAUAAAGUUGUGGUAUAGUUAUUCGAGAUUAUCGUUGACGUGUAUGUUGAAGAACGCUGGCGUCUCAUUAAUCCUGUGGGACAUUUUAAAACUUGUUUUAUGGCUAAUCACACUAACUUACUGGAGAAGAGACGCAUUCAACGAGAAAUGGAACUACUCACUCGUCCCCAAAAUACUAUACCCUCUACACUUCUUCUCAAUCUCUGCCUCUACGGCUGAGAUAUGUUUGUUUAUACUGGAGGCGAAGGAUUCGAAGGAUAUAUUUUAUUCACCGAUUUUCUGGAUAAAUUCGUUAAUUUUACCCCCGCCAGUACUCAUUUCUAAAUGGCUUUUCUUCCCUGAUUUGUCUUAUCUUCAAGUCUACUGGACACACGGGUUCAUCAUCUGGAUCAAACUCUUCAUUUGGAUAAAUAACAGAAUAAUUCAAACGAAGGAUGGAUCGGAAAAGGCUAAGUGUAUUUUCAGAAUUUCGUUAGGAAUAUUCUUCAUGUCUUGCUCUUUCGCUGGUUCAAUAUUCAUAAUGCAAGGAUGCCAUCCCUUUGGAAUAAAUUCACAAUAUUCCCACUCAUUCGCACAAUACUUAAAUUAUUUCUAUCUCGCAAUCAUCACCUUCUCCACAGUGGGAUAUGGUGACAUGAUCCCGUUAACGGUGGAGGCUCGGAUGUGUGCAAUUUGUUAUAUAUUUUGGAUGGUUAUUUGGGUCCCUUUAACCAUUAACAGAACCUUAGAAAUCGUCCUAGCCAAAAAUAUACUCUCCGGCCAUAUCACCUCAUGGGCUGGGUUGAAGAAGUUUGUGCUUGUGGUUGGCGAUGUUGAUCCUGCACAAUUAUCGCAAUUCAUCUCCAAAAUGUAUUACACCAAAGAUAAAUGUAAGAUAAUAGUGUUAACGCCGAAUGACAUUGAGGUGUAUACGACUCAGAUAAAGCAGGCGGAUAAUUUAUCGAUAUCAUUAUGUAUAAUGAGAGGUGACAUUGAGGUUGACGGUCAUUUGGGAAUAUUGGACUUGAUUCAGGCAAAACUCGCCACGUCCGUGUUCAUUCUAUCCUCCUUCAAAGGCUCAGAUUUGAGAUUAAAUGACAUGAAAACCAUUGUCAGAACCAUCGGAAUUAAGAAAUACGGCUGCAGAAGUGAAAAUGUCAUGAUACAAUACUGCUCACCCAUCACACACUCCAUCUUCCAAAGCCCAUUCGGAGUUGAAAUAAGUUUGAAUGAUUUGAAGUUAUCGUUGGUGACGAAGAGUGUGACAUGUCCGGGGAUAGUAACUUUGAUUGUAAAUCUAUCCCUGAAUCAGUAUUAUAACAUUGGAAAUACGCAGAAUAAUUAUUCAAAUAGCAAAUCUAUAGCACUUUAUCAAUCUUACCUAAGUGGCGCUGAACGAAGUGUCUGCUUCCAUAAAAUUCCAACCGAAUGCCAAGGCAUUCUUUUCGAAUCGCUGUGUGAUACGUUUUUUAAUUUGAACGGCGUGAUCCUGAUUGGCGUAAUCUCAGUUGAUGACCCACUGAGCUAUAAAAUCAAUCCCACAGGAGCUGAAUAUUACAUUAAAAAAGGCGAUACCGGAAUCUUCAUACUCGAUUUCGACACGUGUCCUGAUUUAUCGCAAACGAGUACGAAGAACACGGCGUUAAUAAGGAGAAACACGAUCUUGCUAAAGCUUAUAAAAAACGGUGACUUGGAAAUAGACAAGGAGGCGGCGAGUAACUUAUCAUCCCUGACUUACGACCCUGAGGAGUCAAAUGAUGCUGAGAAUGAUAAUUCUGCCGAUGAAAUUUACAGAAUUGAGCCAGCAAUAAUAAUCCCCCCCGAGCCCAGUGUCAGGGAAGAAGUGCUUGAUUCUUCCUUUUCAAUCACUGUCAAGAAUUUAACUCACGCCAAGGAAACGGUCUUUAGAAAUAAAGAGUUACCAGUUGUUACCAUUCUUGGAUUCAGCGAUUUCGUACUUCGACUCCUAACUCAUUUCUCCUCCAUCAACCAAUUCAACGUCAUCAUCGCAGGCAAUUUCAUGAGUAAGAAAGUUGACGUUGAGGUGUUGAAUCAGUUUAAAUCAUUCUUGGCAGUGAUUGAGGUUGAUCUCAUGAAAUACACUGAUAUCCUACGGGCUGAAUUGCACUUGUCGACUUUUUUCUAUAUAACUCCAAAUCCCGUGGAUUUGAAAUUAGAAACCAAUAACGCAGAUUUGUCCACAAUCGUCGUCUUCAGACAAAUUAGAAACCUAUUAAAAACAAUUAGAAAAGUGAACUAUCAAGGCAUUAGUAAUAUCUUUGGACUUGUCGAACUACAAAACUUAAACAACGUUACCUUUCUCGAUGAUUCCAAAUGGUCACAAUGGAAUGUGUUUAAUGAGAGUGUGGAUUCAUCGUUGAUAUAUAUAAAUUCGCAGGAGUAUGCGAUGGGUCAGAUAAUAAGUGACGAGUUAUUUUACAACGUUAUCAUCGGCUCGUUCUCAUCCAGUGAGAAUUACAUGUUCUACAACAUCAUGAUGGACCUAAUCAGCAUUCCAUCCUCAAGACGCAAAAAUAGAGGAGUGGAAUUGUUUAAGCUAUCGGAAUUGAAUUUGAACCCUGGGAAGUACACCUUUGCAGGAGUUUUUAAUUACAUUUUACAAGAAAUGCAGUCCAUUCUCAUUGGCCUUUUCCGAAUAGGAACAUCGAUGGAAAAUUACGUGAUAUGUUCUCCGGAACCUGACUUUGAACUUCUUGAAGAUGACAUGGUCUACUUGAUACCGAAACAAUGAGAAUAUAAUUUGAACUGAGGAUACAAUUUAAACUGGGAAUAUAAUUUAAACAGUAAGAAUAUAAUUUAAACAGUGAGAAUAUAAUUUAAACAGUGAGAAUAUAAUUUAAACUGGGAAUAUAAUUUAAACUGGGAAUAUAAUUUAAACUGAGA